AUUAAAUAUCUAAACUUCUGUUUUUUUAGUCUACCGACAGAGAGAUAAGCAGAAACAUUAGUUCUGCGCAAAGUUGGUAUUUUUGUAUGUAUUUUGGAAACAAUAUCCAUUCACUUCAAUAUGUUUUCGCUGUGAAUGUUUUUAGUUAUAAAAUAAUUUCGCGUGGAGAAUAACAGUAUAGAAAAAUGGCUACCGUUUUCGAUAGUCCUUUUAUUCGACAACGACUACAUCGUCUACGGCAUCGUGAUUUCGACCUAGAUGAAGAUCAAAGAUUUGGUCGUUGUGAUUGCACGAGUUAUUCCUAUUUUGUGCUCUCCAUGGUUCUAUUUUCAGUUGGCACUGUUAUUACAGUAUUAGCAUUGGGAGAUACCGAAGGCUACAUAUUAAGUAAUUUAGGCCACAUGUGGCUCGUUGGACCUAUAUUUAUAUGUUCAGGAAUGAUGGUAGCUGUAAAGAGUAUGUUGUAUUUACGAAGAAAAAGCGUGAUACAAAUGCUUCUGCAUCAACGUGCAAUUAUUAGAGAUAUGGCUAGUGUUCAAGCAGAGCAAGCAUACAGUGGCCAAGUUCCUCGGACAGCAUCAAGUGCAACCUUGCCACCCUCAUAUGAUGCUCUAAUAUCAAAUGCAGCAACAAGUAAACCACAACCAUCAAGUUCAGAACCUCCACCACCAACAUAUGAUGAAGCAAUGUAUCUUUUUGAUGAUGAGAAGUUCCAUACAGAAAAUAAAAACUCCAAUAUAGCCAAGCAGGAGACAAGUCACCAAAAUAACUCCAGCAAUGACAUUAAGCCCUAGUCUGUACAUAAACACCUUUAGGAUAGCGGCUUUACAAGCAGAACUUAAAUCCUUCUUGUACUUAAUACAAUUGCAAAGUAAUUUUUAAGUAUUCUCAAUUGUGCCUAAAUAUUGACUUGUUGGCAAUAUUAAUAUAAUAUUAUAUUGUACACUAUGUGCUUUCACAUGUGAUUCAACAUUUAACUGGUUUCUUAUCAGUCUAUAUUCUUAGUUUUGAUGCAUUAAUUCUAAGUUGAUUCAUAAGUUAUAAGUUAAAUAUUCUUUUAAGUUGUAUAACUUAAAUCUUAUAUAUUUAACAAAUAAGUAUAAUUGUUAUUUACUAUGUAUUAUUCACCCAGUGUUGGGUAAAAGUAAUAUCUAGAAUGUUCAUUAUAUAAAAAAAAAUCAUUUGUCCAUGAGAUAUGCAUAUACUAAGCAGGUUGUUAACAGAUGUUCUGAAUUUUUAAAACAAGUGUUUAUACAAAUAUCAGCAUUUAUUUUUUUUUUGUUUAACAGAAUGUGCAUUUGUGAGAGGAUAGUUUUCUUGUGAAUGUAAAUAAUGUAGGUUCCUAUGUGCACACUAUAAAUUUCAGUUAUUUUUAUUAUAAUCCCUAUGUAAAUAUAAUUUUUCAAUAUGUAGCGAUUUAUGAUGUCCUUUUUGUCUAUUUACAGAAAAUUAUUGAAUUAUAACACUUAUGAUUGUUAAGACUGAGACAUUUACACUUUACAUUGUUGGCCAUUUACCAUUACAUGUAUUGUAUAUAAUAUUUUGAUCUGAGAUAGUAUUACUUCAGUCUAGGUUGAACAAUGUAUUAAGAAUGUCUUCACUGUGAUUAUCAUUUAUUUAGAAUAACCUUAGAUCUGUGGGUUUUUCUCAUUUAGUUUUUUUCCUUAAAUUAUUAGUUGUUUAUUUUUCUUUUGAGGGUAAACUGUGUGUAUUUAUUGUAUGAGGCUUUUUGACUUACUUUAUUAUGUUUAUUAAAAUAAAAAGUAUGUAUUUUUUUUAUGUAUUUCUUAUUACCCAUGGGCAAGUCAAAAUUAAAAUAUUAUGUACA